UCCCUGUUCACUCCCUCUUCGUUCAUUCCAGUAUUGGCAAGAGGGAGGGAGAGGAGAAUAUUUCGCCGUUGGUUGCUUUUUUACUACGUCGGACAAAAGGAGCUGCUUUUUCGGCAGCGACGAUGUCUUCUCCCUUAUCUCCUUUUCCGGCGCCGUCAACCUCCCCUACGGUGCCUGUCACUGCCUCUCCCACCUCUCCUCCUCAUCCUGCUCCGGCCAGGGAAACUCAACCAAGCUCCCCAUCUCCGCAUCCUCCGCCAGCUACAGUGCCGUCUCCCGCGCUGGCGGGGAAAGCAUCACCGUCGAGCCGGGUUCCAACGACUGGAUCAUCGGGUUCUAGGGGAGAAAGGCUGCCUUUACAUGCUUCGCCCCGUUCGCCCCGUUCUCCCCCGUUGCCCCCGUCGCCGCCGUCGUCGUCAAAUAAUUUAUCGCAGGCGCUUGUGGUAGGUUUGGCCGCAGGCGGAGUGGUGAUAUUGUUACUAUUAAGUAUUGCUUGCUUUUGCUGCUUUAGUAAGAAGCCACAGCGACCGCGGCCUCCGCCGUCGCCGUCGCCACUUCCGUAUUACUUUAAUGAUGCUCCGUCGCCGCCUCUCCCAGUGAAAGAUCAUUUAUAUGAACAACACCAAAUUUGGCACAAUGCUCCUCCACCGCCGGUAGAUCAAGUUGUCAAAAUAGCCCCAAAUCCACCUUUACCACCCUUUGCUCCAAGCCUUCCCCAUCAUCCUGUCCAUUUCCAUCCACCUCCUCCUCUGCCACUCGUUCCCAGCAAUAGUGAAGGUUCUGGAUCAAGUUAUUCUGGAUCUGACAAUCCACCACCUCCACUGUUACCCAGCUUUGCACUUAGUUUCUCGAGGAGCGCAUUUACAUAUGAAGAGUUGGCAAUGGCGACAGAUGGGUUCUCUGAUGCUAAUCUUCUUGGGCAAGGUGGGUUCGGAUAUGUUCAUAGAGGAAUGCUGCCAAAUGGUACAGAAGUUGCUGUUAAGCAGUUGAAGUCUGGUAGCGGGCAAGGUGAGCGUGAGUUCCAGACUGAGGUUGAAAUCAUCAGCCGUGUGCAUCACAAGCAUUUGGUCUCAUUAGUUGGAUACUGCAUUGCUGAUGGCAAGAGAUUACUAGUUUAUGAGUUCAUACCUAAUAAUACAUUGGAGUUCCAUCUUCACGAAAAAGGUCGGCCACCUUUAGAUUGGCCUACCAGACUGAAAAUCGCCCUUGGCUCUGCAAAAGGACUGGCAUAUUUACAUGAAGACUGCCAUCCCAAGAUUAUUCAUCGCGACAUCAAGGCAUCCAACAUUCUUCUUGACUUCAAGUUUGAGGCAAAGGUUGCAGAUUUUGGGCUUGCGAAAAUUGCUUCGGAGGUCAACACUUAUGUCUCUACCAGAGUCAUUGGAACUUUUGGGUAUCUAGCCCCAGAGUAUGCAUCUACAGGAAAGCUUACAGAUAGAUCUGAUGUUUUCUCCUUUGGAGUCAUGCUUCUCGAGUUAAUCACUGGUCGGCGGCCCUAUGAUUCAAGUCAAUCUUUUAUGGAUGAUAGUUUGGUCGAUUGGGCAAGGCCUUUGCUCGCUCGUGCUCUAGAUGAUGCGAAUUUCAGCAUCAUUGUCGAUCCUCGCCUUGGCGAGUAUAACCGGACCGAGAUGAGAAGCAUGGUUGCUUGUGCUGCUUUUGCCGUGCGCCAUUCGGCGAAGCGAAGGCCGCGGAUGAGUCAGAUUGUUCGAGCAUUGGAAGGAGAUGUUUUUCUUGAACAUCUGAAUGGAGUUAAACCAGGUAAAAGCGGUCCCUUUGCUUCUUACUGCGGCUCAGAUUAUGAUGCAAUGCAGUACAAUGAAGACAUGAAGAAAUUCAGAAAAAUGGCAUUGGGAAGCCAUGAAUAUGGAGACAGUGGAUAUAGUGAACUAACUAGUGAAUAUGGUCAGCUGCGCUCGGCCUCGAGCAGCAGCGAAGGCCAACAGACUGAAGAAACGGAGAUGAUUGUGGGAAAAAAAGGAAAACCAACGGCUUAUCAGUAGCUGAUAAUUCUUUCCAGCAGAUGUUCGAUUGUAAAUUACAGAAUAUUUUUUUCUUUUGAUUUUAUAGCCAUUCAUAAUAUUGAUUUCAAAGAUGUGUUUGACGAUUGCCAUAAUGUUCUUGGAAUAUUUUUUUUAGAUGAAUUGUGUUGUUGCAGAGCUAUUAAUAGCUGAUUAAUAA